AUGAUGAUGAUGAUGAUGAAGUGGCACUCAGCAGUGGUGCUCGUGUGGUUCCUCUCAUCGGCGCCAUCCCUGUCCUCGGCCUUCUUCUACGAGGUGAACGUGGAUCCGUUCCACGAACCCGUGCCCCUGAGCCCGGUGCAGGUGAUGUUCCUGGGCCCCGCGUUCCUGGCCCUGGCCCUCCUCUCGUCCCUGGGCUACUUGCCACUGAAACUCGCGAGCCCUAAACUCGGGCCGGCGAUUAUCCGACGGGAUAAGCACCACGACCCCGGAUUAUCCCAACGAGCUUUAUCGUUGCCAGCAGAGUCGACGAAUUAUUGGAGGGAUAAUCGCAACCCGGCUCAGGCUGCGGCCGCUGCCGGGUUGCGGUUAGUGCGACCCGGCCCGGGAAUCCGGGGUUGGAUCGCAGUCGCUAGAGUGAAGAAAUUUGAGAAGGUAUACGUCAUCAUGGUGCAAUUGAAAAGAAUGGCGCGGCGUUUUGCAUUGGCACUCGCCGUUUUGAUGAUUGUGCAAAAACCCGUGGCGGGCAUUUUCCCGUUCAUGGAGGUGGAUUACUUGAACGAGACGAUCGAAUUGUCACCUGUGCAAAUCAUGAUGUUGGGUGCUUUCAUCCUCUUCAUCGCGAUCGCUCGAAUUUUUAAUUAUUUGCCAAUCGACGGAUCGCCGAAUUUUAUUGGCCGUACUGCCCACAAUUACCAAUUUGCACAGCUGUCUUUCAGUUCCAUUUCGGAUUCUUCCAGAUUCGGACGUGCUCUUCUGACAUCUGACUGGAAAAGCUGUCUAGGGGAAAUCGCAUGUGAAGUGGAAAACGCUAGCCGAAGAUACACGGACGCCUCCAACGUCAUCGACACGUCAAGUCCGCAUUUUGCUGCCUCGCGUGACGACGCAGACGCCAUUGGUGGCGGCGGAGGCGCCGGUGGCGGCAUUUUCCGACCCCGCGACUGUUCCGGCGAAUACAAGGCUUGUGCUUUCAACUUCCGAUCCGUCGCCCGAAGUUUUUUCUCCCACAAACGUUGAUUGAUUGAUUGAUUUAAUUGCAAAUUUCCCAAGGGAGGAAAAAAAUCAGGGAUUUUUUCCCCAUUUUGUUGUUGUUGUUGUUGUUGUUGUGUUUUUCCCCGCGUUAUGUUUUGCUCUACUGUAUUUUUCUUCUGAUGGUUUUAUUUAAUUCAUCAGUUACGUGCUGAGGGUGGACGUCGUAUGGAAAUUUGAGGAGAGAAUGAAAAAGGUGUUUCUGUUUUUGAA